AUGUGUCUUCACGAGGUCUACAAGCUUGUUAAAGAUUUGGAAUUGGGUGCAUUCGGGGCGAUCAGACUACGGAUGAGGCUAUAUGUGGUUGCUCUGGCAGACAGAAGAGUUGCUUUCUGCUUCUGCAUCUCCUCCGCUGUUAUUUCAUUUGUCACAAAGUUGAAACCUGGGCGCUCUAUGUACUGGCUCCAGUCUUCCAUAGACAAGUCGCACAGGUCGAUUCUACCGAAGGGUGGCAUGACUGGCACAGGAGACCAGGUGGCAGAUGAUGUGCUUUAUUCUAUUCGCAGUCAAAACACAAUGAUGGCGCUGGAAGGUCGAGGCAGCGUUGUUUCCUCAACUCUGAGACAUUUCAGUGAUGUGGACUUUUUUUGUUCCUUUCCUCCCUUGGUAGAUGGACUGUCGAAUGUGGAAGGGGCCCACAACGACUGUUUGCAAGCCAGCGAGACCUGCAUCAAUGACCCUAAAUGUAGCCCCAAGUACAGGACGUUCCGCCAAUGCAUGGCAGGCAGCAGUGCCGCUCCGCUCGGGCCUGGAGCCAAGAACCAGUGCAUGAGUGCGGUCAUGUCACUUCUGUCCAGCCCCCUGCACAACUGCAAGUGCAAGCGAGGCAUGAAGAAAGAGAAAAACUGCCUGGGGAUCUACUGGAGCCUGCAUCAGAGCAUGACGCAAGGUGAAGAAAUGGAUGACAGUUCACCCUAUGAACCCAGCAAGAGGGGGUAUGACUAUGCCAGACUGGCCUCAAUAACAGCAGGAUCUGACAUUGGCAUCACACGGGCCAACCGCUGCCUGGACGCAGCCAAAGCCUGCAACGUGGACGAGUCAUGCCAGAAGUUACGGACGGAGUACGUCUCCUCCUGCAUCAAGCGCUCCAGCAAGUCUGAGACCUGCAACCACCCCAAGUGCCACAAAGCCCUCCGCAAGUUCUUCGACCGUGUGCCCGUCGAGUUCACGCACGAGCUGCUCUUCUGCCCCUGCGAGGACACGGCGUGCGCGGAGCGCAGAAGGCAAACCAUCGUCCCGUCGUGUUCCUAUUACGUUAAGGAGAAGCAGAACUGCUUGACAUUGCUGGAGUCAUGCAAAAUGAAUGUUGUUUGCAGAUCGAGGUUAGCAGAAUUCCAAACGAGCUGUCAGCCUUCCACACAGUCUGAAAGUGGUUGUCUCAGGGAGAACUAUGCUGCAUGUCUGCUCUCAUACACUGGGAUUAUAGGUACUGUGGUCACCCCAAACUACAUUGACAAUUCCAGCUCUAAUGUAGCCCCAUGGUGUACCUGCAGUGGCAGCGGAAAUCAGAGGGAGGACUGUGAGAGCUUCUUCAACCUCUUCACGGAUAAUAUCUGCCUCAAGAAUGCAUUUCAAGCAUUUGGAAAUGGGACAGAUCUUAAUACAGGUUCCAGUGUUCAACAGUCAACUCUCCCCACAUCGCAGACCCGAGUGGACAAACACACAAAUGACACGGAUCUUUCACACCAAGAAGAUAAUAUGUUCAGUCCAUCACUAACCACACAGGUCGCUGACGAGAGGCCGCUGUGGAGAGAGUCGACGCACUCGGCCUCAGAGGCCUUGGGCCUGGCAGUGGCUGUGGGCAGCCAAGUGGAGCUGGUCUGGGGUCUCCUGCUCACCUCGAUCCACCUUCACUUUACAAUGUGA